GAGCGGUGGGUGACUACAGAAGAGGUUCAUUUGAAGUUGUGGAGGGUAACGAGAAAGGUGGUGUGUGACUGAAGUUUCUGAGAGUGAGGAAAAGAGCUGUGGAAUUCGGAUAUUUGGAUUUAUUAUUGCAUGUGAAAUAUGCAUCUGAUCAAGCAAUUCCCUUGCGAUAAUGGAUAAAAUUUCUUGUUUUCUUGGAUUAGCCUAGAGCAUCAUCACCAUGGCGUCAAAUGUGAGAGUGGCGGUGCGGGUUCGCCCGCUGAGUAGAAAAGAAACAGACGUCCAGGCCAGGAAUAUCAUCAGCACUGGAGGCAACUGCAUCAACAUCACCAACGUCAAAGCGGAGGGCCAGCCGGAGUUCGGCGAUCACCGAGAGCGGGUCAAGUCCUUCACCUUCGACUAUUGCUAUGACAACGCCUCGGAUUGUAUUGAAACCACGGAGCUGGCCUCACAAGAGCUG